AUGCUGCAACCAAGACUUCCUGUCGUGGCCAGGGCCGUUGUCCGCUUUGCGCCGAUUCGCCUGCCUAUUCGCAGCUUCGCGACCGCCGCCGCGCCGGAAUCGGCCCCCAGCAUUGCCAAAGCCGAAUCGCAGUCCUCGACCAUCCGCACCUACAAACCGCGAACCCCCGGUGUGCGUCACUUGCGACGGCCGAUCAACGACCAUCUCUGGAAGGGCCGCGCUCACCUGCCCCUGACGAUACCGAAGAAGGGCCACGGCAAGGGUGGCCGCAACGUCUACGGCCGCAUCACAGUUCGACACCGCGGAGGCGGCCACAAGCGCAGGAUACGCAUCGUUGAUUUUGUGCGCAACCGCCCGGGCCCGCACCUGGUUGAGCGGAUUGAAUAUGACCCCGGUCGCAGCGCGCACAUUGCCCUGCUGACGGAAAAGGCCACCGGCCGCAAGUCGUACAUUGUCGCGGCCGACGGCCUGCGCGCCGGUGACGUCGUUCACAGCUACCGCUCUGGCAUCCCUCAAGAUCUGCUCAACAGCAUGGGUGGCACUGUCGAUCCUGGUAUCCUCGCUGCCAAGACGGCUUUUCGCGGCAACUGCUUGCCCAUGCACAUGAUUCCUGUGGGAACCCAGGUCUUUUGCGUUGGUUCUGCCGCCAAGCGCGGUGCUGUCUUUUGCCGCAGUGCGGGCACCCACGCCACAGUCGUGAACAAGGACGAGGAGACGAGGGCCGACGGCGUCAAGGUGGUCACUGGAAAGUACGUUGAAGUCCGUCUUCAGAGCGGCGAAGUGCGCAAGGUCAGCAAGCAGGCGUGCGCGACGAUUGGUGUUGCCAGCAACAUUCACCACCAGUAUCGGCAGCUCGGUAAGGCUGGUCGUAGCCGUUGGCUGAACAUUCGGCCGACAGUGCGUGGUCUGGCUAUGAACAAGGUUGACCAUCCUCACGGUGGUGGACGAGGCAAGUCCAAGAGUAACCGUCAUCCUGUCACGCCCUGGGGCCGACCCACCAAGAGUGGCUACAAGACGCGCCGCAAGAACAACCCCAACAAGUGGGUGACGGUACCGAGACCACGAAACCACGGCGUGCAGAGAAAGAAGAAGACGGGCUAA